ACUACUAUUUCAAAUUAAUUUUCGGUUUUUUUAAUUUUUUUUCUCAUCCCAACCCUACACAUUCUGAAGAGCGCCCUUUUACAAUCGAUACACACAGAAAGAACGCUCUUCUUUUCUCUCUUUGCCUACAAAAUAUAAAGCGUCAAGCUAUAUAAUAGCAUGAUAAAGCUUCAAAUUAUAUAGCUAUAUAGCUUUACACAAAGAAAUCUAAAACCCUUGCUAAAUCUUUAGCUUCAAUGCUUUUUCCAUCACUUGAUUUUCGAUGUUUUUUCCUUAAAAAAAACAGUCUUUUUAUUAAAUUCCCCAGGAGGUCUCUUUUAGCCUCAUUUCAGUUAGUUUCUUCAUUUACUACCCUUAUUGCUGCAAAUGAAAUAGACCCCAUUUCUUAUCCAUCUUUAAAAGUCCCAGCUUUCAAAGAAAAAGCCAAGCUUGAAAGAACCAAAAGGUUAAAACUUUACUCUAAGAUUCUACAUGAUUGUGCUUCAAAAGGGUCUUUGAGUCUGGCCAAAGUUGUUCAUAGGAAGAUAAUAGAGAAUGGGUUUGAACCGGAUUUGCAUUUAUGGAACUCUUUACUGAAUGUCUAUGCCAAAUGUGGGAGCUUUGGAUAUGCUCGUAAAGUGCUUGAUAGAAUGCCUCUACGAGAUGUUGUGUCUUGGACUGCUCUGUUUUCUGGUUUAGUUAAUGAAGGGUAUGGAUCUGAUGUGUUGCGUUUGUAUUGUUUUAUGAAGAAAGAUGGUAUUCUGCCAAAUGGCCAUUGCUUAGUAACUGCUUUGAAAGCUUGUUCUUUGAGUUUAGAGUUGUUUCUUGGGACACUGUUGCAUGGAGAAGGUGUUAAAGUUGGAAUUUUGUUGGAUGUUUUUGUUGGGUCUUCUCUUGUUGAUCUUUAUGCGAAAUGUGGUGAGAUAGAACUCGCAGAGAGAGUGUUUGUUUGCAUGGAUAAAAAGAAUGUCGUGUCAUGGAAUGCAUUACUUAAUGGAUAUGCUCUAAAGGGUAAUGCAGGAAAGGUUUUGAAUUUGUUUCAAGGGAUGACGGAAUCUGAAUUGAGGUGUAGUAAGUUUACUUUGUCAAAUGUGCUCAAGAGUUGUACAUACUUGGGAAACUUAACAUGGGGCUUGGUUGUGCAUUCUUUGGUAAUUAAGACUGGUUGUGAGCAUGAUGAAUUUGUCGGUUGCUGCCUUCUUGACAUGUAUUCAAAAUGUGGACUGGCUGAGGAUGCACUCAAGGUCUUUAAAAGGGUUCAAGAACCCAACAUAGUAGCCUGGAGUGCAAUGAUUGACUGCCUUGAUGAACAAGGCCAGAUUCAAGAAGCAGCUACUAUGUUUUGCCUAAUGCGACACAAAGGGGUAAGCCCCAAUCAGCAUACUUUUGCCAGCAUUAUUGGUGCUGCCAGUAAUAUGGGUGAUCAGUUCUAUUGUGAAGGCAUUCAUGCAUGUAUACUUAAAUAUGGCUUUGAAUCUGAAAACUUUUUGAGUAAUGCACUUAUUGCCAUGUAUAUGAAAAUCAGGUCUGUCCAAAAUGGUUGGCAGGUGUUUAAGGAAAUGAAUUCUUGGAAUUCAGCAUCAUGGAAUGCCCUUCUUUCUGGAACGUGUGAUGAUAAAACUUGUGAUCAGGGACCAAGUAUCUUUCACAAGAUGCUUGCUGAAGGUUUUAGGCCUGACAUCUGUACGUUUACUAGCAUUCUAAGAUCUUGUUCCAGCCUUUUAAAUCUAAAAUUUGGACAGCAAGUGCAUGCCCAUAUAAUAAAGAAUGGCCUCAAUGAUAAUAAUUUAGUGGGAACAUCUCUUAUUGACUUGUAUGCCAAAAGUAAAUCCUUGGAGGAUGCGGAGCUACUUUUUAGUCAAUUGAUUGAGAUAGAUCUUUUUUCCUGGACAGCGUUGAUUUCUGGUUAUGUUCAAACUGAUCAUUUGGAGAAGGCUAUCAAUUGCUUCGAUCAGAUGCAAAGGCAAGGUGUGAAACCCAAUGAAUUCACUCUUGCAACCUGUUUGAGUAGUUGCUCCAAGAUGGCAAUGUUGGAAAAUGGGCAGCUGCUUCAUUGUUUGGCAAUUAAGGCUGGGCAUUCUGCUGACCUGUUUGUAUCUUGCACAAUUGUAGAUAUGUAUGCCAACUGUGGCUGCAUAGAAGAAGCUGAAGCUGCCUUCCAGGCCAUGUUGUCACCAGAUAUUGUAUCAUGGAACACAAUGUUAUUUGGAUACUUGCGACAUGGGAAAGGAUUGAAGGUUUUGGAAACUUUUAGGACAAUGUUAGAUAAAGGCCUUGAGCCAGAUGAGGUUACAUUCUUAGCAGUUUUAUCUGCAUGUAGUUAUAUGCGUUUGCUUGGAGAAGGCAAAGAGCACUUUGACUCUCUGACCAAUGUUUAUGGAAUAGUACCUACAAUCGAGCAUUGUGCUUGUAUGAUUGAUAUUUUAGGUCGAGCUGGAAAAUUUAAUGAGGUUGAAAGCUUUAUCAAGGACAUGAAGGUUACAUCAAAUCCCUUGAUUUGGGAGACAGUUCUUGGCACUUGUCGACGGCAUGGAAAUGACAAAUUUGGUGAAAUUGCUGCGAAGAAACUCUUUGAGCUUGACCCUGGUACAGCCUCCCAUUACAUAUUACUAGCAAAUAUUUUUGCUGCCAAGGGUAGGUGGGAGGAUGUCCAAAGAGUCAGGGCAUUGAUGACUAGUCGUGGUGUUAAGAAAGAACCUGGGUGUAGUUGGGUGAUGGUUAAUGGCCAACUGCACAUCUUCAGGUCUGCAGAUGGUUCGCAUCCAAAAAGCAGGGAAAUCUAUAUAAAAUUGAAGGAGCUUGUAGAGAAGGUUAUUUUAGCUGGUUAUGUGCCUAAGACAGAACAUAUACUCCAUAAUGUCAGUGAUGGAGAAAAAGUGGAACAACUCUUUUAUCAUAAUGAAAGGUUGGCCCUUGCUUUUGCCCUUAUAAGCAUCAACCCUGUGAAAACAAUUCGAAUAUUCAAAAAUUUGAGUGUAUGUGAAGACUGCCAUGAUUUUAUGAAGCUUGUCUCUGGCAUCAUAGAACAGGAGAUUGUUGUUCGUGAUGUGAAUUGUUUCCAUCACUUCAGGUGCGGCAUUUGUUCAUGUCAAGAUUAGUGGUGAUUUUGCUGUAGUCAUCCAGCAAAAAGGUCCUUUAUCACCCGGACUUUCUAAAAAUUUUCAAGUUGAUUCUAAUAUGGAGUUAUCCUUGUUUGAGGACCUCAAUUUCUGGAGGUAUCUCAUGUUCAAAUGAUGGCUUCCGAUCUUGGUCAUAGACAGCCAAUUCGCCUCAUUGCUUAUCACUACCACGGCUAAUGUUGUAUGGAAUUAUAAUUCUCUAUGUGAAGGUCUUUCUUUGACAAGUGACUAGAUUAGCAACCAGAUUUGCAAUGUUUGAUUUCACAGUGAAUGUUUAUGUAAGAUAUGGGAGUUUCAGGUUUUCUUGUCCGUACACCGAGUUACAUUGCUUCCUUUUGUUCAUUUAUGCUUUCUUUCAUUCAUCGAGCUACUUUUAUUUGCAUUGUGUUUAUUAGAUCUUUUUCUUUUUUUCUGUUUCCUUAGAGGUUUGGCUGAUAUAUGAUUCCACUAGACAGGGAUAUGUUGGAGAACUCAUCAUGGCAUUGCAGUAUAACAAGCUGGACACCAAAUGAAACUUGCAUUGCAUGUUUGGACCAUCAAGGCUUGCAGUAAGUAUGCUAUUUUUCUUUAUGUGAUCCAUAAGCUUCCUUGUGCAAAACUUCUGUCACUUUUUGUUUAUUUGGUUCAGAAACUAACAAAACAUUCUUCAAAUCAAGUGAUCCGGAUAUCAUCGUAUGCUUUCAUGAUCAUAAGUUGAUGCUUAAUUCAUUGUUAAAAAAGGCUUGCUCGGGACGUACCCUAAAGGAACACAAGACUGCAGUUUCUGUUUACAACACCCUUUGCUGGUUUUUCUUCCUUGAUGUCAGUGACUUUGAGAGCUAAGAAGCUGCUCAGGGCCUCCGGGAAUGGCUUUUACCCUUGAAAGUGGCAGAGCCUGCACCAAUUUUGGAGUUUUAAAUGAUCUCUUGUUCUAUUUUUCCUUGGAAAAACCUUUGUAAUUCUUCAGAAAAUGUGUUUCACAGCUUAAGAGACAAAGUGAGAGAGUUUAUGAUUCCAUUUUAAUCAUGUAAAAUGGAGUAACAAAAUAUUUAUUUUUCUUGUUGCUCUUCAUUUUUAUAUACCUUUUCUUUUUUAUAAAAUAAUGUUCGGGGCAAGUCAUAAAUUUUGAAAGUGGAGAAUGAACAUUUGUGGAUUAUCUUAUGUUC